ACCACCACCGAACACUAGAAACACUCUAUUUACUCGACUAACUCGCAAACAUGGAACCCUACCCGUUCAAGUUCAGUACCGAAGAAUCAAACCAUCAACUCCAACCUGAUCAGUCCGGAGUGACAUUACACUUGAAAAAUGUUCGGGGACGUGUGCCAUCUCCACAGGCAUCUCGACUACGAAGUUUAUGGGUAGAAGCUCACAAAGACCCAACCAAGAUCCUAGCUUUCCCUUGCUCUUAUGAUGGACUUUCAUCUCGCUUGAUUGAAGAGGCUGGGUUCCCGAUGAUAUUUAUAUCCGGAUUCGCCGUAUCCAGCGCUCACGGACUCCCGGAUACUGGAUACAUUGCGAUGCAGGAAAUGUGUGAUAAGGUCCAGGAAGUUGCUAGACAAGUGACUUUGCCAAUUUUAGUAGAUGGUGAUACGGGGUAUGGGAGUCCCAUGAAUGUCAGACGAACUGUAGAAUCAUUUGCAAAGGCAGGUGCGGCUGGAGUCAUGAUCGAGGACCAAACAUGGCCAAAACGCUGUGGUCACACGAAAGGGAAAUCUGUCGUGACUCGCGAGGAAGCAUAUGCACGAAUUCGAGCCGCAUGUGACGCUCGUAAUCAGGGCCAGGACAUUUUAAUUCUAGCACGCACUGAUUCCUUAAUAUUGGGCUGGGAAGAAGCCAUCACUCGCGCCAAGGAGUUUAAGCGCAUAGGUGCAGACGGAGUGUUCGUUGAAGCACUCCCAGACAGGGCGGCAAUGAAAAAGUGUAUUGCGGAGGUCGACAUGCCCAUGCUAGCAAAUAUCAUUGAGGGAGGUAAAACAGAAAAUAUAUCUGCUAAGGAACUCGCCGAGCUGGGAUUUGCGGCCGCCGCGUACCCCUGGACUCUUGUAGCAGCAAAGUUGAAGAGCAUUCGCGAUGCUUUGGAAAGCCUCAAGCGGAGUUUUAUGGUGGGACCCCCCGAAACGAUUCUAUCUUAUGAAGAGGUUGUCAAGGGUGUUGGGUUUGGAAAGUACUGGGAAUUGGAAGAGAAGUACAAGUAUUGAGUAAUACAAUGAUCUGAAGUCUCCGUUUAGCAGAGGACCAAGCACAGGAGAUCGUCGAAAAUCGAGUAGUUAUAGUUAAAUGAAAUUUCGGUGAAAUGAUAAUUUAUAGUGCUAGUGUAGUGAGAGUGUUAUCGUAAAGCUACAGCACUGUGCUGUAACAGACAACAUUCAAAUGAGAUAAUGAGGGACCGAAAAUGGAUCAGGUAUUACCGCCCCAACCCAUCGUUAGAUUCCAAUCCUGUCUAACCUCACUGACUCCUCUAGCCAAUCCAACCACGGAAUCCAUAAAUGUACCAUCCCCACGGUCAACCCGUCGCCUUCGUUCAAUUUCGGCUUCGGAGUCGUUUGUACGAGCACGUAGUAUUUGCUCCGUUGUUAGGCCCUGCAAACGUUCUGCGUCUUCUAGUAGGAUGAUUUCGUCGUCUUUCCGUCUUGCCCAUGCUGCUUGUUUGACAGCCGGCGCCCAGAAUUCAGCCAAAGUGUGCUCAUCACGACCACGAGCAUACAUUCUCCUCGCAACAGCUCCAGUACCAUCAUCAAUAGAGUGUGACGAAUACCAGCAAGAAUAGAUCACGGCAUAUUUCUUCUCCAGUAGCCAAAUUAUUGGCCAUGUGAUAAUCCAUAGCUGGAGAAUGAUGCACGUCCAAAAUACAAACGAGUUAUUGCGCAGCUUGUUGAUCCAAUGCGGGGAGUAAAUAGUAACUUUACUAUUCACGAUUUCCAUAUGCGCAGAUAUUUGACCUCUGUAAUUUGUCUCUCGGAUCUGAGACUUCAGGUAGUCUACCAUUGCAGUUGCGUUGAAGUUGUGAACAUGGCGAGUCAAGGUGAAUCUGUAAAAUAGUAGUCAAUAAGAGGCAAACAUUAUGGUAAGAGACGAAAAGUAAAGAGAAGUGCCGAAACAAAUAGCUGGAAGGGCCACGUACGAUUUGACUGGUGAUGUAUCAGUACAAUAUCUAGAGCACCACUCAAACAGACCCGUUUUGUCUCCUUGAAUCAGCCUCUCUUGGUCUAUAUUGACAGGAGGAACACCCUCCUCUUCAUCUCGAUACGAAUUAUUUCGAUUCAGACUCUGAAUAUCUCCCGCUGCAGAUGGUAGAUUCUUAUUCGCCUUUGACCCUUUCCAAGUGAGAGUCUUCAACCGUGUUCCCCUGUAUGUUUUCCUCUCGUCGUAGUCGAAUGAUACUGUCGCGUUAUGCCAUGUGGAUUGGGGUAGAAUUUCCCUUGUCGCUGUUAUCGAUCCAAUUUCCCACCCGGUCAAUAGGGUUUCCGCGAGGUCGAGGCGAAAGUCAAAGUCCGUAACUGAGUUGGUUUGCUUCUUGUUGUCUUUGUGGUUGGUCGACGAUUCGGUAUGGCUACCAGUAAUGACAAUUUGGGGACGUGGCGGUAAGCGGAUUUGCUGUGCCAUCAAGCUAGCCAGCUCCUCCGCAUAUCGAGUAUACGCUGGCUCUAAAGUUACAAUGUGGGCAUUUCGUAUGCUCGACCUCACGCUUUGAGCUCUCCGUCCCCCGAGUAGUCUAUAGUCGGUGUCUAUUAAUCUUGCACUGGGGAGAGAUUGACCAAUGGUAUUUUGUGUUGUCGAUGUAGAAUGAUUCAGUCCAUUUCCAUCGCCGUUGGAAAUUGCUGCAUCAUAAGAUGGCGGGUUCUCGUAGUUGUCAGCAUCAACGAGCAGGUCAGUUUCGUCAUGGUCCAGAAGCUGCAGAGAAUGAACCGACUGUGAGGAUGAACCUGCGACCGGUUGAGUGGAGGAUGGUUUCCCCAUUGUGAAAUAUUUGUCGUCGUC